UUUCAAGUUUCAACAAUUUUAUAUUUGAUUUCUUUGUCGAAUAAUUUUUAGUAUAUUUUUACAAAAUGUGGAUGUUGAAAUGACUACAAGCGGCAGUAAAGGACGUAAAAGGCGUAGAUAUAAUAACUUGGACGAUUCACAAAAAUCUAUCAAGUUAUUUUGUGUAUGGAACACAGACCACAAAAAUACAAAAUCGCAGAAUAAAUUGCGCCCUGCUUCAAGUGAAACUGUAAGUAAAAUAACAUCUAAACCUGUUGCAAGAAAAAAGCAGACACUUCUUGCGCCAUUUGAUAAGACAAAUAAUCCUAACUGUUUUAAAAUAAAGAAGAUGGAUUGUUGGAAUUCGAAAUCAAAUGGUAGCAAUUUUGUCCAAAUUGAAAAUGAUGGUUGUAUAAAUCAUAGUGAGGAGAUAGAGUCGGAGCUUCAACUUAUUGAUUGUUGUGAGAGGGCAGAGUUGUCGUUAAGCCAAGAAAAACAGAAAUGCAAGAAUGACAACGUUAGAUCAAGUCUGAAUGAUUGCCAUUUGUCUCAAACUGAAAAUAUUGGUCGUUGCUCAGAUAACGAACUUGAAAUUAUCGAAUGUUGUGAAAGGGCAGAGUUGUCGUUAAGCCAAGAAAAACUGAAACGCAAGAAUGACAACGUUAGAUCAAGUCCGAAUGAUUGCAAUUUGUCUCAAACUGAAAAUAUUGGUGGUCCCUCAGAUAACGAACUUGAAAUUAUCGAAUGUUGUGAGAGGGCAGAGUUGUCGUUAAGCCAAGAAAAACUGAAACGCAGGAAUGGUAAUGUUAGGUCAAGUCCAAAUGAUUGCGAUUUGUCUCAAACUGAAAAUAUUGGUGCACAUUGCUCAGAUUCUGAACUCGAAAUUAUUGAAUGUUGUGAGAGGGCAGAGUUGUCGUUAAGCGAAAAAAAGUUGAAACAUAGAAAAGAAAGGAAAUCAAAGGCAAAUUUUGGCAAUUUCAGCCAAACUAAAUGUAUUUUUGGUGGCUGUUCUAGUAGCGAAGAAAGAGAAUCCGAAAUUGAAAUCAUCGAAUGUUGUGACAGGGCAGAGUUGUCUUUAAGCAAAGAAAAGCUAAAACACAGAAAAUCAGUUGCGAAUGAUGACACUUCCGUCCAAAAUGAAAAUAUUUUUGGUGGAUGUUCUAGUAGCAAGCCAAAAGAUCCUGAACUUGAAAUAGUUUAUGAAAAAGCCGGGAGUAAUGUUAGAAUCAAGACCGAAAAUGUUCAAAAAUCGAAUGGUAAAACUUCCGCAAGAAAAAGACAAUUGCUUCCACAAUUUAAUAAGAAUGCAAGUGCAACUAGCAAUUUAAAUUAUUCCCAUCAAGCCCAACCAAGAAAAACUAACAGUUUUGAUGAUUUUGACAUCGAAGAAAAUGACUUGGAAAUAUUAGAGGUUUGCAGGAAAGCAGAGUUGUCUGCAAGUCAAACAUCAUUGCCUCCUGAUAAGAAAGCUAGAAAUUCUCCAAAUAUGUUUGGACUGUUUGGAAUUACGAGCUCGGACGAGGAAGAUAUGGAUGUAUGUUUUGAUAAGGAAAUGGAGAACUUUAGCCGGAGAGCAUAUUUUAAUGAAAUACCCGAUGAAAUUUUAGAGACUAUAUUUUGCCAACUCCCGUUGAUUGACUUGUUAACGAAUUUGUCCCUCGUUUGUAAGAGGUGGAAUAGGCUGAUAUCCUGUGAAAAAUUCCUGCUUUGGAAGAAGAGAUAUUACCGCUACAAAUACUCUUUUGAAAGUAGAAAGGAAAUAGAUGACUUAUUCAUUCAAGAACAGCUAAAUGUUCCUUCCAUCUUUCCUAGUCAAUUGUUCAGGUAUUACUGUAGCAGUAUAAUGCUUGAUCACCAGAUUACAGUAAUUUAUUCAUGCUAGAGUGAGCUACAUGUACUGUAGCCUGAUCAUAACUGGAUAGUAUGCAAAUGAAUUGACCACUUGCAUAAUAGACUAAAUUUUGUUCUAGACAAAAAUUUCAUCACAGCUGGAAAGAGCAUCACAAAAUUAGUCAUAAAUUAUUCCAAAGUUUUGUUGCGAAAUGUUGUAAAAUGCGGAUAAUACUUUGUCUGAUAACCCACUGAUAACUCAUUGAGUGCCAGCACUCUUCAUUUGACAUGUAAACUCGUCUAUCAUUAGACAGAGUAAAAUAAUAAAGUAGGUCCCAUUAGGGUGCAAUGCAGCUUAAUGGACUAAUGAUCUGAAAUUUUUAAUUAAUAAUUUCAGAUUUUUGACAAAAUUUCGUAUUGUCCGUGAAGAGCAUUCAAAUAUGCUGGAUAUGUUGUGCUUGCAUUCAAAAUACCAUCUUAUUGAAAAAUUUAUGCAGCAGAGUGAUAUUCAGGUAUGGUACUGUAAAUAUGUAUUUGAGAUAGUUAUUGACCCCACAGAGAAAAUAACAAAUUAACCCCCUCCCCCCUUUAGACAUCCUAGCACAUUUCGUCAAUUAUCAGAGUUGCCCCUCUUCCCUCUGGGUGCCAGAAAUGUCUUCUCCAGGGGGAGUCUGGAUUUUUUCUGUAAUCAGUAAUGACCAUUAAUUAAUUAAUGUAGAGAGCAAAAAGUUACUUGCAGCCCUUGAAAUUCAGAUUUUUUCACUGUGAAUCCGUCAUUUUCUGUUUCACGACGGCAAUAGCGGAAUUCACAGCGGCAAAUUUUUUAAAGCAGUUGAUGUUUAGUUUUAGCCUUUAAUUGGGUUAAAUUCCCCUAAAAGUCAUUUAAAGUCAAGAGAUAAUAUACAAGUAUACCUUUUAAUAUGUAAUGUUACUUACAAGUUAAACUUAACUAAGAACUUUAAGUUAAAGUGAAAACGAACAUUAAAACAAAACUGUUUUUCAGUCUAUUAAACAAUUCCUUGCCGAUAUCGUAAAAUUUAUUCACGUCGGCAAAAAAGUGCUGUCGUGAUAGGCUCUUUUCACUAUUCACAUUGGCAAUUGCCGAAUGCCACCGCGAAUUUCAAGGGCUGACUUGCAAAUUUUCUUCUAAAAAAAUCAAAGAAAUUUCAAUUUUGUACAAUGGAAAUACUGACAGAAUACUUUUAAUACAGUAUGCAACAGUUAACAAAGAAUGAAAUGUUUUGAUUUGUAGGACUAUUCAUGCAAUCAGAUAUAUUGGAUGAGGUUGAGCAAAAUAUCGUGAUUUGUCGGUGGCGAGCGGAUACAGUACAUGUAAAACAGAUUGAUCUGUGAUUCUGUGAGCCACUGACAAAUCACAAUAUUUUGCGAGAACCGAGUUCAAUAAUUGUUUUAUCAUUCUCUUAUAAAGCUUCGUUUUAUCUUUCAUUAUAAGACAUUGUAACUAGGAACUGUGUUUUCACAUAAAAUCCGAAAGUUCCUUGUGAGCCGUCAUUGUUUACAAAAAUUGAAGGCAGUGCGCAUGCUCAGAGUAUUAUUUGUAACUGAACAACGUUUUUAACAAAUGCGUAUGCUCAGACUAUUACCGUAUUUGCUUGCAGUUGUAGGUAAAUCAACCAAUCAAAAUUAAGAAUACUAUAAAGUGAAUGAUAAAGAUUAUUAUUGUCUCCACCUUCACUGUACAUUUACUGUUUGAUUGUUUUUAUAGCAGCCUUACAGUUGUUGGUCUGUCAUUGGUUUAUUAUCCUUGGUGUCUAGCUCAGUAUACGACAUCCAAGAAAUUAUAUUGUGUUCAUUCAAGUCUUCCACUUGUCUGCUGUAUGAUAUCAUGGAAUGCCUCCAUUGUCUUGCUUUGAUUUUCUUUGCUUUGAUGGAGAAGCAUCCAAACCAUUUUACCAGGUACAAACUGUGUACAGUACAGUAUAUACAGUACACUGUAUAUUUAAUACUGAAAUAUAAUGUUACUCCUGAGUUAACCUAUUGGUGUUAGACAGACUGACAGAAUGAAAUAAUAAAGUAGGAUGUAUUAAGGGGAAAGCGCUGCUGCUCAAUGGGUUAACCAUUACUUUAUUGUAUUUUAAAAAGACUCUAAUUGUUAAAAAUAAUGAAUUUGAUUUUACUAAUUUCAAAUAAUUUUUUCAGACAAUGUUCAAAUUAAUUUUCUGCCAAACUAUACAAAUAUCUAUCUAAACAUGCAAUUAAAAAGGUGCUGUAUGUACUCAAACGGACAAUUAUUAAGACACAAACUGGAUGUAAAGUCCAUUCACUCAAUGCAGUUCAUUCUUGUAUUUUUCAGCCAUCACUACAGGAUUUACUAUGCUCUUUAUCUACAUGAAAACACAUCUCACUGUACACAGUCAUCACUCGAAUCUGCGUACACUGCCAAUACCUCUGGACAGCAAUGUAUAUCGAAAUACAGGUUUGUUGAAGAGGAAGUGAAAGUAAGAUUAAGUUUAUGAGACAUUAAGACUAGAAAUCACUUUGCAUGGCAGUCAAAAGCGAGAUGAAACUUUUCUCAAUUGUUUAUCAAAUUUGGACCAGGUCAAAGUUGAGUAAAUGAAAAAAGUUUGUGGUAAAAUGCGAGUGAGUGCCCCGGCUGCAAAUUAAGAAUUUCUCUGGCCUAUGUAUUGUACAUACAUACGGUAUAAUUAUUUUCACAAAUUUGGGCCAUGCUAGUUAUACAAAUUCCAAUUUUAUCUGACAAAUGUUUUUUUCCUAUUAUUAGAGAGGUGAAGAUACCCCGGUUUCAGUGUACAGGUAGCAUGAUUUUGGUUAGCAAUAUUUUCGUCGAUGUCUGUACCUUUACUGUAAUUAAGGUGCAUAUUUUUCGCCAUAUAUCAUUGUCUAUUGCAAGAAAACAGAAAAAGUAGUAUCGAAUUACAGACAUCAGUAAAACAAGAUGACACUACUCGUACCGGUACACCGAAACCGGGGUAUCUUAACCUUUCUAAUAGUUUGACUUUGUGCAGUAUUGUAAACUCGAAUGGUUUAUAUUCCUGUGAAAUUGUCGGCCACUAAUUUUUUGGUUUUCAAAACUGUAGUUGUGGUUUUUUCCAUGACAAUUUGUGAUUUGUAGAGUGUUAAUUCUCUCUCUGGGUCUGAAACUCUAGUCCUCGGUUGACCAGAGUGUUAAACCAGAGCAGGGCAGGAAAAAAGACUUUCCCCCCUCUUUCUUACUUCCUUCGAGCACAACCUGGAGAGAAAAAUUUCCUGCAGAUCAACGGAGUAUUUUUGUGCUAAAUCUGCAUGUGCAUAAACAUAUAGUGUUCUGGCUGACCAUGGUUUUAAAUUCAAGGAAUAAUGUUUGUCAACCAUAUGUUGUUGCGCCCGUAGUGGGACAUGGGUGUUGAGGUCCAGACACACCGGACGCGAUUCGACAACGCGACGCGAUUUUUUAGUUUUUGAAAGUUAAUAAAACAGCCAAUGAGAGCAAAUUUUAAAACAUAUGUAGACCAAAUAACUCAAAAUGUUAUAGCGCUUCUAAAUAUUUGGAAAAUUUAAACUAGGAUCAAAGUUAUCGGGCAGUGAAAAUCAAAAAAUCGCGUCGCGUUGUCGUAUCGCGUCCGGUGUGUCUGGACCUUUAAGGUUUCGCUCUCUACGUUAAAUUAUUAUUAUUAAAAAUUUCCAAACUAGCAGUAACAACUGAAUUACUUUGGAAUUACAGGGUAUAAGAACAUAGGUAUUUAAUCUAUUCUAUAUUUACAGGUAAAAAUAGGUAAGUUAGAUAAAAAUAACGUUAGUAAUCUAAAGUUUACUUAUUAUUAGUUUCCUUCAAAUUUUCAAUAUAGCGAAUCUUCAUUCAAACGAAUUCCCUACAGGUGUUUAACAUUUCCUGCGAGCAGUGCUCACGUGCUCGCCUAUUUUCCCAUCCUUGAACCAGAGAGUCGCGAUACAUGUCUGAUAAUUGUACUUCUAUUUUAGAGAAUCAUCGGAGACAACUUGGUUGACGCAUGAGCAGGUCCGCAUUAUGAAUCACAACACGAAGUAUGGGGAUGUUCUGAAAAUUGUCGCAUUUGCUGGUAAAUGAUAAAUUUCAUAUCAACUAGAGUAUACACGUUAGUUUCGUAUACUAAUCUGCCCAUAUGUCUUGUUUCAUGUGUUUAAUAAUUUAAUAAUAACGGUAAUAUGACUGUUUUGUAACGUCUAGGUACAGGGAAAACCACGACGCUAGUUGAGUAUACGAAACUUCGUCCGAGUUGGAAAUUCUUGAAUGUUGCAUACAACAAGUUAGUUCCAUGUAUUGCAUAUCUAAUAUUAAAUUGUAUAUAAACAAGUAACAUGCAGCAAUAAUUUCAGAUCUUUGCGAUAGCCACGUUGGACAAGAAAGUUUCUCAUUUUCAGGCAUUCUGAAAUUUAGACGUCCUCAUCUUCACCGCAUUUGCGGUGACGUUGAAAGAACAGAAAGAAAGGAAUAGACAUUUUAGUCCUUCUUUCAAACAAAAAUAAUGUUAUAAUACUUUUUGUUUGUGAAAACACCACGUAAAUUUAUUACUGCAAAGCUUUCGAUCCGUAAGCCUGGAUCUUCAAAAAAUAAUGUUAGUUAAAAGCUGUUUUGAAUAGCUGCUGAAAGUACAAGUAUACUUUCAAAAUACAUAUGAGCAUUUUUCCUAUGUAAUGUACACUAUAUUUAGUCUGCAAUAGCAGACUGAUCUCAGCCGACCACCCCUGGAGUGGCGGAGAAACAGUCUGCGCUCAAUCAGCACUAAUGCCGUACAGUUGCCCCCGCACAACGGGGGGCGGAAUAUGAUUGGUUGAAAUUUUCCUUUGUGAUCAAGCCGAAAAUUGCAUAAAUUACAUUGUUAAAAUGACGGAUUUCCAAAGCUUUAAGAAAGCAGUCAAAGACGUUGAGUCCCUUUUUUCUGUCGAUACAUUAAAACAAGGACAAGAAGAAGACUUGUUCAACUUCGUAUCUAAGAGAGAUGUGUUGGACCGAAUCAUCAAAUGGCUCCUGUGGUCAUGAAACAGUGCCAUCUCGGACAUGACAUUUUUUGAAUAAUUUUAAAUCAAUUAUGCAAAAUACUGCUUACGUAACUGUACGGCAUUAGUGUUAAUUGAUCGCAGACUGUUUCUCUGCUGCUCCAGGGGAGGUCGGCUGAGAUCAGUCUGUUAUCGCAGAUUACACUAUAUUGCACUGCAGGUAAAUUGAUUAUCAGAAACACUGCAAAACAGUUUUAUCUUUCUCUCAUCUUUAGGUCUGUUCAAGAGCAAGCUGUUCGCAAAUUUCCAGGAAACGUUGAAUCGCGCACAGUGCAUUCCAUGGCGUAUAGAACUGUUGGUCAUAAGUAAGCAUUCGAACAAUUUCCCUAAAAUGAUUUUAACCUCAAAUAUGAAUUUUGCUGUGCAAUGUUCGAAUCAUCCAUCAUAGUACAGUACGUCUCAUCAUAUAUGUUUAUAUUGAAGGUUUCGUGGGAAAAUGGCCUCCAGUCUCCGAGUAAGCAACAUAAUGGAUAACCUUCGUAAGGAGAGCGCAACUUUCCUCCACGCUAAACGUGUCAUUGACACACUCACAAACUUUAUAUCUUCUUAUGAUGAUCAUAUAAGCUCGGAGAAUGUACCCCAUCGAGACAUUGCCUCUGGAGACAGCGAUGGCGAUCGGAGUAAACUGGAAUACUUUAAUAGUGAUGCGUACAUAAAGGUACAGUAAUAACGGUAAUGCGGUUAGCUUGCUGCCCCUUACCGCCAACUUAAGCCGACUACUGUACAGUAUGUCGAGGCCUUGAUGGCGGUGCGGAUUAUAACGAUUACACUAGAGUCUGACAAAUGUCCAGCCAAAUUUGCAGGUGCUUGGACAAUGGCUAAUAAUGGUCGGCCAUGCAACUUUUAAAUAUUUAAUACAGUACAUUGAUGUGAUAGCUCCUGCUGACCACUUCCCGCAUGAUCAUUGACAUCCAGUGAACUCUAUACAGUAUGUAAACUGGGGGGGGGGGGGGGGGAUUGAAGCCAGUGCAUUUUAGUUUUUCUGAGUUAUGAGCAGAAAUACUCAACACUGAACGUUGUGCUGUAUAUGAAAUUGGAGCUAUUGAAAAACGCAAUUUGGUGUAGAAAUUUCAAGACUUUAGCUAAAAGGGAAAUAUUUUAAAACUACAAAAAUAAUUGCCGAUAAUUUGCCAUUUUUUGGCCGAAUGGCAGUUGUUUUUGUAUUUUUAAAGUAUUUUUCUCUUCGCUGAAGUCUUGAAAUUUCUUAUUGUUUUCGAAUUUUCUGCAAUGUCUGGUACCAUUACCAACAACGAAGGCAAGAAAAUGUUUUCUGUUCCUUCUCUUGCUUUUAUGCUUUUUGAACAGUUAUAAUCAAAUAAUAUUCUUUUAACUGAAAUGAAAACGGUGUCAGUAUUUUAUUUGAUCGAUCAAAAUGUCCUUGCAGAAUAAAAUUAAUCUGUCAUUCAUGCAGUUCUGUAUUUGGGUGACCUCGCUCUGACUUGACGUGCUUGAAAACUCGUGUAAAUGUAUAGAGUUAGUUUUGUUUGCUUUCCUCUCCACCCACUGACGAAAUCAUUUCCACUUGGUCCUACAGUACUGUGUCUUUAUCAUUCUUCAGAUUGUUGUGCGUGAUUGCAGAGAAAUUUGGGAUAAAAUGCGUGAUCCUGAAAACCGUGACGUAAGAAUUACUCACGAUGGUAAGUACAGUAAAUGCUUCGUGUAGCGCAUGCAGGGGACGAUUCUUGGGCCUAUACUAUAGUUGAUUUUCAGCAAACUUCGAUUCCUAUAGGCUUAUAACUACUCCUGCUUAGGUCUACUGUAUAAAGGCCUGUUUACACUUGCAAUUUUUGUUGCAAUUUUUGUUGCGAUUUUCUUCUGAUGCAUGUGAACGAGUGGAUGAGUUACGAAUGUUCUGAGUACAGUACUGUAUGUGUACCCUCAUCUGAGCAUUCAUAACUCAUCCACUCGUUCACAUCCAUCAGAAGAAGAAAAUCGCGCCUAAAAUCUCAGCAAAGAUUGCAAUUGUAAACGAGCCUUAAUACACUAAAAUGUAUAAAAUUCACAUUUAAAAUCUGUAAACCCAAGUUCCUGUAUAUCGAGUGCACUGUAAAGUAGAUGCCCAAAUUCCUCAUUAAAUUAUUAGAAGUAAUACAUAGCUUAAUUUGUGAAAUUUGCGAUUCAAUUCCGCCUGAAGUAUUUAUAGAAGUGCGAACGUACAUACUGUAGGAGUUUAAUCGCUAAUUUUCCUCAAGUCCUGUUAUCAGUUUGUAAUGAUAGCUAUGUACAGUAUAUGAUCGUCAGGGAAAACUUUGGGGAAUUUAGCGACGAGAAACUUACAGUACAGAUAUUCAUGCUAUUAUGGGGAAGACAACUUUUAAUUAAUAAUCCUUUCAUCUGCGAGGCGCGGUUUUUCGCACCACUGCGCAUUCAAAAGCUGCUCUACUGUAUGUUAAGAAUGAUCAACUAUAGUAUUUCUUUUUAUACUGUAGGUUAUCUGAAACUCUAUCAAUUGUCCAAACCAGUAAUAACGAAAUACGACUGCAUUUUGGUGGAUGAAGCCCAGGACUGCACACCAGGUACAGCGAACGAAAUCCGUGAUAUUUUCAAAUUAUGAUGUUUGCGAUGUUACUCUGAUUGUGCAUCCACACCGGGGCAAGCUGAAAAGUUUGCCUGACCACGGUGGUCAGGCAAACUUUUCAGCUUGCCCGGUGUGGUUGCACACUCAGGGUAACAUCACAAACAUCAUAUUCACCUGACUACAUGCUGUACAGUACUGCACUGUAAUACCAACACACACAGAAGUCAUUAUUUUCAAAUUAGUCUGGAAGAGUGGGUCUCUUUUUAUCAAAGCUUGAACUCUACUGUACGUAUGUUACUGUAAUAUACUGUAGGCUAGAAAACGUUUUCCUUCUUGUUUCUGUAGCUGUGGCUGACAUCUUGCUGAGUCAGAAAGUUGCAAAGAUAUUAGUUGGCGAUCCUCAUCAACAGAUAUAUGGUUUUCGAGGAGCUACAAAUGCAAUGGCUCAGGUCGAUUCCACUCACAUCUACUACCUCACUCAGGUAUACAUGUAUUGAUGAUUGCGGAGCAGGCUGUGUUAUAGUGCGCUCUCGCAUACCACUGAAUUUAAACCUGCAGGUCAAGGGCAUGGAUUUACUUACGUUGGGUUCUUACAGUACUCCAUAAGUCAGGGCUAUGUACAUGAUGGGAGCUUCAGUACGAGGAGGGGCUGAUAGUUGGAGGUUUACGGUCCAUUAAUUCAGUUUCCUUUAGUCCUUCAGAUUUGGUUCAGAAAUUGCGUCCGUGGCAUCGUCUCUGUUGCACAUUUUGAAAGGUGUAUGCAACAAGAAUAUUGUUGGUAUUUCAAAAGCAGGUAAGGCAAGGUUUGAAUAUAGAGGUGUCCCAAAAAAUGUCCCUGCCCACAAUAGGUAUUAGGCCAGGGCUAAAUUUAUUUUGUUUUUUACAGGUGGCUUCCAUGGCGAUCAUAUUGGUCAAAUUGCCGUCAUUUGCCGAACUAACUUUGCUUUGUUCAACAAUGUGGUGCAAACAUGCACAAGGAACAAUAAAACAAGAAUUGGUUUUGCUGGGGUAAGCUAUGGAACUGUAAAAUAAAACUGGAUGGUAGUCUACCGGAUACAUGGUCAGGGAAAAUAUUGACCAGAUACUAAUUGUGGUACUUGACAAUAGUGAUUUUUCCCCUAAUAACAUACUACUGUCCAUUGUUACCUCCGCCAGGAGGUUAUGUUUUUAUCCCGCUUGCGCCUGUGUUGUUUGUCAGCACGAUUCUCCGACUCGAAAAUUAUCAAAUUUCUCAAAGUGUUUGUUUAAGAUUUGUGGAACAUAUGGACAUUACCGAAGGACAAACUGCUUAAAUUGUGGUUAAAUUUGAAUAAAAAUUAUAUGCGAAAUUGGCAAAGAUUUGUCUUGCUUUGCUGGGCAGAAGAAACUGAAUGCGUAAUAUAAUUUAUGCAUGAUACAAAUUUAAUUCAGUCUCUGAGUGACCUCAAGUUUAGAUUUGUAUUACAGUAUACUGAUGCCUUUUUGAUAUCAUAGGGUAUCCAAGGUUACAACUUAGACCGUGUUCUGGAUAUUCAUAUGCUGUAUAGUGGAACUGGCCGAGGUAUGUACUGUAGUUGAUGCAGCAAACUGGGCAGUACGGGUGACUGAUAUGGUGAAGUCCUGUGUAGUCAACAUUAAAAACAGUGCUGGACGCUAGGGUAUAGGAGGCGCACACCCACCCGACUUCCUCACGUAUUUGAUGAGUAUUUUGCAUUAGUAAGCCAAAAACAUAACUAUAACACCAGACUUGCUUCGAGAUCGUCAUACUCCCUUCCAAAAGUAAGAACCAACUAUGGAAAAUUUAAUAUACGUUUUGUUGGCAGUAAUGUGUGGAAUUCAAUUGACGAAAAUCUUAAGGGUCUUUCUAAAUCACAGUUUAAACACAAACUUAAAAAUAAUAUAUUGAAUUCAUAUUAGCUUAUAGCAUCAAAAUUGUCCAUUUUGAAAUCUUUAUUGCAUGUGUUUUAUUUAUUCAGUUUACCCACUAAAAUAUAUUUUGUUACUAAUCAAAUUCGCUGACUGUCUCGAUUAGCCUUUUGGUUAUUACAGUUAGCUAGUACCUUCUUUUCGUAACUUUAUCUUUAUUUUAUAUUUAUGUAUGUAUUACUACCGGUACUGAAUAAAAUUGUAUUGUAUUGUAUUGUAUUGUAAAUAAUUUCUGAAAGUCUGUGGAUGAUGACUGAAUACUGUAGCCGUGUAACAAGGUUGUAACAAUAAUUCUUCAGCCAUGAAAGCAUUGGUGGCUACAUGUACAGUACUAAAAAUGAAACUACUGUACAGUACAUAUUGCAUGAAAUUUAAGGCAGAUAAGCACUUUCGGCUAAGGUAGGCUAAAAGUGAUGCUACAGUACAUAUUGCAUGCAAUUUAAAGCAGAUAUCAGUUUUAAGCACUAAGAUUUUCGGCCACGAAAGCUGGUCAUAUGUUGGCAACUUGAUUGCCCCCGCCCCUCCUCCCCCUCUUCAAUAUUUCUCGAAGUUUCCGCCACUGAUUAGAAAAUCGUCACUGCUAUGGUUGCCAAAAAAUAGAAUUGUAUUUCCUCUUAUUUUAAUAGAUGGAAUAAAAGACAAGUUUAUCAAGAGAUUUCGAACUUUCGCCGAGUUAAAGAAAUAUGCCUGUACAGCUCCCGAUCCUGAGUUGUGUGGCAAGAUCAAGGUUGGUGACGUGUGUUUAAAACGUUCUAAUAAAACUUAUUAAAAGAGGUGUGGGAAGCUACUGUUAUAUCUUUAUCUUGAUAGUACAGUUACACUUGAACUUAAACAGAUAGCGAUUCCAACUCCAGAUAAUUUGAUCGAGUUAAAAAUCUUCUCUCAUAAAAAUUAUAGCUUGAAAAUUUAUUCUCUGAGCUUAUAAGUACUGUAAGUAUAUACUGUAUUGUACCGUACCGUACUGUACCGUACUGUACUGUACUGUACUGUACUGUACUGUACUGUACUGUACUGUACUGCACUGUACUGUACUGUACUGUACUGUACUGUACUGUACUGUACUGUACUGUACUGUACUGUACUGUACUGUACUGUAAAUAAGUACUGUAAGUGGGGAGUUGUUAAUCAUGCUUGUUUGCCGCAGAAAGCUACAGUAAGCUGAACUGCGAAGAACGCAGCUCAGAGAUCUAUUUUCAAUCUAAGAGUGCUAUUUUCGAUUACCUUAUAUUUUUGUUUUAAGAUUGUGGAAACUCACAACAUAAAUGUUCGAAGGCAUGUUGAGAGAAUUAAAAAACAAUACUGUAAUGAUGUCGAUCAAGCAGGUAAGGCUGGGUGCCAGUCUAGAUACUGUAGUGAAGCUAGAAUAAGCCUUUUAUCACAUUAAUUAUACAAAGCCCUAGCUCAAACAUUCUUAUCACUCAUUCACUGAAUUACACACUAAUACUGCCUCGUAUAUACCCACUACCCAGGCGUCUCUUUGUAAAAAACAGCGAUGCGCGUAUGCCGAGUUUAGAUGAAGUAUUGUAGUAGCGACAGAAGAGCGAUGGGCAAACAGCCCCUUCCACGGGUCGCCUGCCUGAAUACGAUGGAUUUUUUUACUUUUAGAGAUCGUGUUCAGCACUGCUCAUAAGGCAAAAGGUUUAGAGUUUGAUACUGUGAGAAUUGGAGAAGAUUUUCUGUCAGAUUAUCCGGUUGGUGAACUGGGUAAGUUCUGUAUAGUCUGUGGGCAGUGUCGAUUAAUUUUACAUACAGCACACAUGUUUUUGUUUAGAGGAGAAUUCAAUUAUAGAAGAAAAAAAACGCACCGAUGAUACACAGUUCACCACGACAGUCGACAUACGCCUCUUACUCAAACGUCUGGCUAUCUUAGAUUGUUUUAUAUUUUCAUGUAUUGUGUACCAAACCGCUACAAUGAACGUGUGUACUGUAGGUUAUUAUAAGCUGCUUUUUGUCCUAAUAGGAAAUGCGCCAAAUGACGAGAAGAAUCUACUGUACGUAGCCGUUACUCGCGCAAAACUUCGUCUACAGUGUUCCACGAUGUUAUAUAGCAUCUUGGCAUUAAGAACGGUACGUGUAGUUAUUUUGUUAUAGAAUUGUGUGAUCACCACCACGCUUCACCACGCAAGUUGCCAUCCUCAGAGUAACACGCAGGGAAAAUGUCAGCAUGGUUCCUUUGUUGACAUAAUAAAUUAUACCUGUUUCAUUUUAGGAAGAGUUACUAUUUUUAGACUUUUGUAAUUUUGUAUUCUUUUGUAUUUUAAACUCAACCCUAAUCCUAACCCCAAUCUUAACCCUUUCCCUAUUCCAAACCCUAAUCCUAAAAGUCUAAAAAUAGUAACUGUUCCUAAAUCGUGUUGGAAUUUUUCUUCAUAUUGCUCGGAGGAUGGAUUGUACACAUCCUCGCAUGGGUAGCGGUAAUAUUUCUUGCACUUAAAAUGGAUAAAAACUGUUCGUGCGAUAGCUCAACCGGUCGACCAUUGUCUUUGAUCGGAAUCGUAUUGGAAAUUUUCUCAUGUCAAAUUUACAGCGUCCCUCCUACUGGCAUGUUUAAUUUUAAGAAACUAGUACUGUAUACAAUCAUUUUUAUUGCAGGAUUUGCUUGUAACAUGUGAGAGUCUUAAAAGUGUACAGGUAGGCACAAUGGAUGCAUGCACUUAUGAUUAAUUACGGUACUGCGGCCGGUUGUACGAAGGCCGGAUGUAGCGCUAUCCACUGGAUAGUGAUUUUUUCAACCUUUGUAAAAUGCUUGAAACACUGUGAAACUACGGAUAUUGGCGACACAAGAAGUAUAAAAAACAUUUAACUUGUAAAUAGUAAACUUUAAUACGAGUUAUAUACCAAUCAUACGAGUUGUACCAAUCAACGACUGUAUUAAAGUUUAGUACUUACAAGUUAAAUGUUUUUUAUACUUCUUGUGUCGUCAAUAUCCGUAGUUUCACAGUUUUUCAAGCAUUUUACAAAGGUUGAAAAAAUUACUAUCCGGUGAAUAGCGCUAUCCGACCUUCGUACAACCGGCCCCAGUAUUCUAAAGAUUUACGAAUCCGUUAAUGCAAAAAAGUUUGACGAACCAGGAUAUCCAGCAGCCAUAUAGGGAAUCACAUGUUGGCAACAUAAAUCCCCCCUCCUCCCAUAUUUCGUAUAUGUCCGCGACUGAACGAGACGAUUGAAUAAUAGUUUGGAAUAUUUUUCUGCAGGCUAUUGAAUCAACGUAUUGUGCAGAGUGCAAGCGACGUUGCGACUUCACUGAGUCAAUGUUGGCCAUGAAACGUGCUCAAGUUGUGCUGGUAAGUUGCGAUACAGAAUUACAGUAGAUGAGGGGAGGGACACAAUUUACCCUAUUCCGCUUUUUGGUGUACUGUAUACUGUACAUCGCAAAAUACUUGGCGAAACAGUCAACUUCAUGAUCUCAGGAACCGGUUGUUCAAAGAAUGAUUAGCUGUAAUGCCAGGUUAUAUAAUACAACCUGUUGAAGGGAUUUGUGGAUGGAAAUUUUGAGUGGAAUGGACCUUUAACCUGAUAACUAAAAUUUUGAUCUAGACAAGUCUAUACAACAAUUUCAUCACAGCUUGAAAGAGCAUCACAAAAUUAGUAAUAUUCCAAAGUUUCGUUGCGAGAUGUUGUAAAGUGCGGAUAAUAUAGCCUUGCGAAGUUUGCCGUUUUUCAGUCAUUUUGUAUUACGCAUGGGGAAUUGAUAGCCCAAUCGGGUGUAGGAUUUCUGUAAAUAUAUUUCUAUAUUUAUAAAAAGAUUGUUAGGAAAUUUGCUUCGAAGUUUUAUACAUGUAGGUUAACCUAAGAUCACAGUAGCUAACCAGUUUUUGAAUAACUGGGCCCCAGUACUUUUUAAUUUAAAACACGAGCAGGAGUGCUCUAUAUAAGAUAUACGUGUAAACACGAGGCGACAGCCGAGUGUCUUAUAUCUGACAAAGCAUGAACUGCGAGUGUUUUAAAUGGCUUAAAAAAACGAGCCAUCUGAUGACUUCAUUGGCGAAGUAAUUUGAAAAAUCAACUUUGUCUAAGCCGAGAAAAUCAAAGCUAAAGGUUAUGUAAAUUAACAUGAUUUUUAUCACAUACAGUACUGUAUAUAACCACCGACACGCUAGUGACUUCCUUUGUCCUUUCAUAAUCAGUACGCAUGCAUUGAAUAUAAUUUUACACAACAUUACACUAACACUACACUUCAGAAAACACGUAAUUUUUAUAGUAAGAAUACUCUAUAAUCGAUAUAAUGUCGUUUGCUUUUUCCUUAGGGAACGGCACAGAAGAUGGAGGGUGGUUUCCUGUGUUCUAGAUGUAUAUUGAAGUGCAUUCCUUACAUGGAAAAUCUCUUGGUUAGCAACAAGAAUAGUGAAGCAGUUUAAGGUACCUCUUUACAUUUCUGCGAUUUGUCGGGCCGACUUCGUGUCCUGCUGAAUGGUAAUGGCAAAUCCUUUCAUGUCGCGGAUGAUCUUUGUCUUAUUUUCCCCAAAUGUCAUUGAAGUGGAACGGUAUAUCAGUCCGACAAAUCACAGUGUGCAAAAUUAGCCUCGGUAGUUUGCAGACAAACAGUGCAAUAACUUGAACAUGGUGCACAUGGUUUUUACAGAGAAAUACUAACUUGACAAAUGACCUUCACGGUGAACCAUAUAUACAGUACAUGCAUGUACUGUAUGUGUGCCACACUUGUCAAUGGAAGGCAAGUUGAAUUUAAAAGUUCUAGGAAACUCACUAAAUACUUAGUUCUUAAUUAGUUACUUUUUAGUUCAGUUCUUAUUUCGUUAAUUGGGAGGCACUUUUUAAAAAUUGAUGCACAUAUAUUGUGUGAUUUCACACAUGAACAUUUCAAAUAAUUAUGAAUUUUGUGGGUUUCAAUUUAUUUCAAACAUAUUUCAGGUAUAGAAAUUUCGCAUAUAUGAAUGAUUUCACAUUUAAUUUAUUUCAUACAAGAACAUUUCAAAUAU